AAAAGUAGAGUACAUGAUUGAAAUUUGCCUUUAAAAGAACAUCAAAAAGCACCAAAGACUCUUAUGGGAAGAGAGAGUAGCACUAACCCAAUAUGGAUGUUGAGAACAUCUUUCACAUGAAGGGUGGCAUUGGAGAGAAUAGCUAUGCCAAAAAUUCCUCUUUUCAGAAGGCGGCUUCAGAUAUGGUGAAGCACAUAACCAUAAAAGCAGUGCAAGAAGUUUAUCUUGCAUUAGCACCAGAGAGCCUUGGCAUAGCUGAUUUAGGUUGCUCUUCUGGACCUAACACCUUAUCAAUCAUCAAAGAUAUAGUUUUAGCUAUUGAAGAAAUAAAUUGUUGUAAGAUCAAGAGUCCAACACCAGAGUUCAGAGUGUAUCUUAAUGAUCUACCAACAAAUGAUUUCAAUUCAGUGUUCAAGUCCCUGCCAGAUUUCUACAGUGAUCUCAAGAAAGAAAGAAAUGGUGGGUCUCCUUCUCUUUUCAUAGCUGGCUAUCCUGGCUCAUUCUAUGGAAGGCUUUUCCCCAACAAUUGCUUGCACUUUGUUUACUCAUCUUACAGUCUACACUGGCUUUCCAAGGUUCCUCCAGCUCUUUAUGAUGAGCAAGGAAAACCAAUAAAUAAAGGCAACAUUUACAUUUCUAAAUCUAGUCCUCCACUUGUGUCCCAGGCAUAUUUGAUGCAAUUCAAAGAGGAUUUCUCCCUUUUCCUUCAAUCACGGUCUCAAGAACUAAUCAGUGGGGGAUGUAUGGUGUUGAUCUUGUUGGGAAGAGUAGGCCCAGAUCAAGUUGAUAGAGGGAAUUCAUUCUUUUGGGAGCUUCUUUCAAGAUCUGUUGCCAUUUUGGUUUCUCAGGGCGAAAUUGAGAAGGAAAAGCUAGAUUCUUACGAUGUUCAUUUCUAUGCACCAUCCAAAGAUGAAAUAGAAGCUGAAAUAAGAAGAGAAGGUUCUUUUGAAUUGGUUCACUUGGAUAUACUUGAGACAGAGAAAGACUAUGACAAGACUAGUGGGAACUAUGGGGCAGAAGUUGCAAUGACAGUUAGGGCUAUCCAAGAAUCAAUGAUUUCCCAUCAUUUUGGAGAAGGAAUUUUAGACACUUUAUUUGAGACCUAUGGAAGGAUGGUAGAUGAAGAAGUGGUUAAACAAGAAAUUGAUCCAAUUUCUUUUGUCUUAGUUCUUAGAAAAUUAUGACUGCGGUGCCCCUAAAUUUGCAAUUUACUUCUUGUAUUUGUUGGAUAUCUGUUAUAUAUGACAACCUAUAUGGGAAUUAUUAUCAUAUUAUCACAAAACUGUUACUUAUUUUAUCUGUUCA